AUGCGUAGGGUACGCGUGAACCAAGAUAAUCUGAUUAAACGAUGUUACCUUCCACAUCAUCCAGUAAUCAAACAAACAAGUACGACGACGAAACUUAGAGUGGUGUUCGACGCAUCCUGCAAGACUUCGAGUGGAAUUUCUCUGAACGAUGCAUUAUUGGCGGGACCGGUAAUCCAAGAAGAUCUUCGAUCGAUAAUUCUCCGUUGUCGCACAAAACGGAUAAUGUUGGUAGCAGACGUUGAGAAGAUGUUUCGUCAAAUCAUCAUGGAUGAAGGGGAUCAGCCGCUACAGAGUAUCCUAUGGCGAACCGACACCGAGCAAGAAAUUGGAACGUACGAGCUGUCCACCGUAACAUACGGGACGAAACCCGCACCGUUUUUGGCUACACGGACGCUCAAACAGCUAGCGGAUGAUGAGCAAACCAACUUUCCCCAAGCAGCCAAGGCAAUAAACGAGGAUGUGUACAUGGAUGAUGUAUUGACGGGAACGAAUAAUGUGAAGGAGGCGGUAGAUUUGAGGGUUCAGCUUGAAGCAUUAAUGAGAAGUGGAGGUUUCAAGCUACGGAAAUGGGUUUCCAACUGCGAGGAAGUUCUUCAUGGUGUACCAGAGGAAGAUUUAGCGUUGGGAAGACAGGAUCAUGUUGAACUUGAUCCAGACCCAGCAGUGCGAAUGUUAGGCUUGACUUGGCUACCAAAAACUGACGGACUGAAACUACAGUUUUCAGUUCCGGAGCAACACCCAACAGAUACGCUAUCAAAAAGAAGGGUAUUAUCUAUUAUCGCAGGACUGUUCGAUCCUCUAGGACUAGUUGGCGCAGUUAUCACAGUGGGGAAACUUUUUAUGCAACGACUGUGGAAAUUUGAAGAUGCGAAUGGAAGGAAAUUGGAUUGGGAUAGUCCAAUUCCCUCAAGACCAAGAGAUGAAUGGCGAGAAUUUCACAGACAACUCCCCAUUUUGAACACUAUCUCCAUAAAACGUUGUGUUUUGGUACCGGAUCCAAUCAUCAUUGAGCUGCACGUAUUUUCAGAUGCUUCGGAGAAAGCAUACGGAGCGUGUGCUUACCUGAAAAGUUGCAAUUUGAUGGGAACAACUCACAUAGCACUACUCUCCUCGAAAUCCAAGGUAGCGCCAUUGAAAACCCAAUCCAUUCCACGACUGGAGUUGUGCGGAGCGCUGCUAGCAACGCAGCUAGCCGAGCAAAUUUCAACUGCUAUCAAAAUGAAUCCAGUGGUUUAUUUUUGGACGGAUUCAACGUGCGUACUGCAGUGGAUAAGGGCAACCCCUUCCACAUGGACAACUUUUGUGGCUAAUCGGGUGGCAAAAAUACAGCAGACUGCGGAGAAUCGUACCUGGAACCACAUCCCAGGAUGCCAGAAUCCAGCCGAUCUUAUUUCAAGGGGCGUGCUUCCUGAAGAGAUUAUUGGGAACAAUCUUUGGUGGGAAGGGCCGUCAUGGCUACGAGAAUCCCAACGGCACUGGCCGAUUCAUCCAGUUCCAACAAAAACAACAGAGGCAGAAGCUGAGUUCCGUCAGUCAGCGGUUAGUUGCGCGACAUUGCAGCAGGAUACUUUCACGGUUUGGUAUCUCAGCAAGUUUUCAUCGUUCACGGACCUGGUGAGGCGUACCGCAUACUGGCUCCGGUUGAUGAACAUUUUGAAACAACAAGGAAAGAAGGAGAAUUCACGGGAUUUUCUCACAACAUCGGAGUUAGUAGAGGCAGAAUAUGCUAUAAUUCGCAGCGUGCAGAAGGAAGAAUUCAAGAAGGAGUGGAAGGCAUUAUCUAAGGGCGAACCGGUCACAGAGAGCUCUCCACUUCGAUGGUUUAACCCAACCCUCUCAGCAGAGAAUUUGAUCCGAGUUGGCGGUAGACUGGAACAUUCAUUAGAAAGUGUCAAUAGGAAACAUCCGAUAGUUCUACCAGCACGGCACCCUAUAACUAGGAUGAUUUUUGAACAUUUUCAUAAGAAAUUGCUCCAUGCAGGUCCACAACUGCUUUUGGCAACAGUGAGACAACGAUAUUGGCCGCUACGAGGACGGAAUCUAGCCCGUUUUGUGUAUCACAACUGCAAUCGUUGUGCUCGAUUGAAGCCGACUCAAAUACAGCAAUUCAUGGGAGAUUUGCCAGCGGCGCGUGUGACCCCCGGAAGACCAUUUAUCAAGGUGGGUGUAGACUACUUUGGACCCGUCUUCAUACGGCAUGCACCACGUCGACCAGCUUCUAAGGCAUAUGUCGCUGUGUUCGUGUGCAUGUGUACAAAGGCAGUACAUCUGGAGAUGGUAACUGACCUAUCUACGGAUCGUUUCAUCCAGGCUUUGCGACGAUUUGUUGGAAGAAGGGGAAAAUGUUCGGACAUUUUUUCGGACAACGGUACUAAUUUCGUCGGAGCUCGUAACCAGUUAGGGGAAUUAUCAAGAUUUCUAAGAGGAACUGAUAACCGAGAGAAAAUAACUAGAGAAUGUGCGAAUGAGGGUAUUCAGUGGCAUUUCAACCCACCUAGUGCCCCACACUUUGGAGGUUUGUGGGAGGCUGCGGUGAAAUCAGCAAAAAUUCACCUAAUGAAGGUUUUAGGGGAUUCGGUGUUGUCAUUCGAAGACAUGAGCACAUUACUAGUUCAGGUCGAAUGUUGCCUGAACUCAAGACCUUUGAUCCCAAUGUCCGAAGAUCCAAACGAACUGGAACCACUCACUCCAGGGCAUUUUCUGAUAGGGACUAGCUUGCAACAAUUGCCAGAGAUGAGUGUGACCGAUAUUCCGAUGAACCGACUCAAGCAGUGGCAAGCAACUCAGAAAAUUUUGCAGUGUUUCUGGAAAAGAUGGAGGACGGAAUAUUUGGCACAAUUGCAGGGGCGCACAAAACGAUGGCAACCGCCAAUCCAAAUUGUUGUGGGUCAGCUUGUAGUUAUACGCGACGAAAAUUUACCACCAACUCGUUGGAAAAUGGGUCGCAUCAUUCAACUGCAUCCUGGUAUGGACGGAGUCGUCAGAGUAGUCACUUUGAGGACAGCUACUGGACUACUAAAGAGACCAGUGGAAAAAAUAUGUUUGUUGCCCCCAGCAUGCCAACCUUGCGAAACUUAA